GAUUGAUAAUUUUUACGUCAUAAUUACGUCAGACUGUAAAAUGUAGAGUAUAGUGUAACGUGCGCAAAGGAAUCCCGAAGUUAAAGAACCCUGACAUUCGGAAGAUCUCUCAAUGUUUUUAUGGUCCAGCAGAGCGUGCGUGUGAAGAAGAACCAGACUGCCAGUUUACAGACACGAUUUGAAACUAGAAGGCCUAUUCACGGAAGCCAUGGCACUGGAUCUGUAUUUCAAAAACAGAGUGGGACCUUCCUUCAACUGCGCUUUAGCCUCGAUGGACUCGGUCAUCUCAACUCUUAGCAACUACGACGUCUCAAAACACAGUAAUUUUAAACGCGUGAUACCCCAGUUACGCUACGAUAUUCGUAAUGUCUACGAUCAAAUGCAAGAAGCCAACGCCAUAGCUUCCGACGUGGUACGACAAUCCAAUGAAGAGUUGGAAGAUUUAGUUAAGGAGGAAGGAACUCUAAUGCAAGAGAAGACGAAUAAAGAAGAAGAUGUCGCGGAGCUGAAAAACAUUAUCGAUGGUUUACAAACUGAGAAAAAUGAUAUCGAAAAUAAAGUGGAGGAGAGCAAAAGGGAAGAAAAGGAAGCGAAUCGUCUACUAGAAUCUGCUAGAAACGAGCUACAAGCGAAACGAAAUGAACAAAACGUUGUGCGUGGGGUUGGUGUUGGUCUGUUUGCAAUUCCUGUAGUUGGAUGGAUCGCGGGAGCUGGAUUGGUGGCUCUGAGCUUCACGGCAUUGGAAGAAAAUGUAGCGAGUGCAGUAAAAGCUCGUGACGAUGCUCAGGAUCACGUUAAUUCCACUCAAAGGCAGUUAAAGAAUAACAUUAAAGAACUUGAUGAGAACAAGAAACGUAUGAAACGAAGAAAAAAUGAACUUUCGGCAAUAAAUGAAAGACUACGAAACGUGAAACGACAGUUGAAGGACCAGAGAAUGAACGUCAGCAGACAAGCGGAAAUGAACGAUAAGAUAAAACAAUGCUUCCAUUUCGUUAGUGUUUGUUUUGGUCGAACUGAUGUACUGGAGUUUCAGAGUCGACACCUGUUUUGUUUUGAACAGUUAGUACUUCCCCUUAGGGAGUUAUCCUCCCACCUACUUGGAGCCCCCCAGAAUCACUAUAGGUGUAUACAAGGUGACUUUGAUGUUAAGACCGUGGGCAAAAAACUCAGACAAAUUUGUGACAAGAACCCAGACGUUGUUAAUAAGAUGUUAGAAGACUUUCUGUAAAUAUUUAUAACGUUCUUGUCAAUGUUUAUAUGUAAACAUUUUUUCUAUACUAUGUAUUUUUUUCAGAUUAUAAAUUUCAGAUAAGGGCUAAAAUGAUCGUCAUUACAUCCAAAUGUUUUAAUAAUAUAUUGUAAGUCAUUUAUUAAAUAAAAGCUGUUUGGUUUGUU